AUGCGGGAGCGCAGGCGCCGCAGGGGAAAACCCCACCCACCCCGGGGGCUUCUGGGAAAUGUAGUCCAGAGGCAGCGAGGCUCGGCGCUCAUUCAUUCAAUAUUACUGCUACUACUGCUACUACGGCGACGCUCCCGCGCUCCCCCUGCGCGGGCGCCGGAGGGAAAACACACCCCGGGGGUUUUCUGGGAAAUUCGCCGGAGGGGAAAACCCACCCCGGGGCCUUCUGGGAAAUGUAGUCCAGAGGCAGCGAGGCUCGGCGCUCAUUCAUUCAAUAUUACUACUGCUACUACUACUACGGCGACGCUCCCGCGCUCCCCCUGCGCGGGCGCCGGGGGGAAAACACACCCCGGGAGUUUUCUGGGAAAUGUAGUCCAGAGGCAUUGUGGCUCGGCAUUCAUUCACUCAUUCAUUCAAUCUUUCUACUACUACAGCGACGAGGGAGCGCGGGAGCCCCUCCACCGUGCUGCCACUGCGCAGUCGCCGGAGGGGAAACCCACCCCGGGGCCUUCUGGGAAAUGUAGUCCAGAGGCAGCCGCCAUGCGGUCGAUCAAGAGGGAGCGCAGGCGCCGCAGGGGAAAACCCCACCCACCCCGGGGGCUUCUGGGAAAUUCCAGAGGCAGCCGCCAUGCGGUCAAUCAAGAGGGAGCGCAGGCGCCGCAGGGGAAAACCCCACCCACCCCGGGGGCUUCUGGGAAAUGUAGUCCAGAGGCAGCGAGGCUCGCCAUUCGUUCAAUCAAGAGGGAGCGCGGGAACCCCGCCACGGCGCUCCCCCUGCGCAGGCGCCGCAGGGGAAAACCCACCCACCCCGGGGGCUUCUGGGAAAUGCGCAGGCGCAGGCGCCGACGGGAAAACCCACCCCGGGGGCUUCUGGGAAAUGCGCCGGCGGGAACACCCCCACCCACCCCGGGGCCUUCUGGGAAAUCUAGUCCAGAGGCAGCCGCCAUUCAGUCAAUGAAGAGGGAGCACGGAAGCCCGCUCCCACCGCGCAGGCCCCGGAGGGGAAAACCCAUCCACCCCGGGGCUUCUGGGAAGUGCGCCGGAGGGAAAACACACCCCGGGGGCUUCUGGGAAAUUUCGUCCAGAGGCUGCGUGGCGCCGGCGGGAAAUCUCACCCCGGGUGUUUCUGGGAAAUGUAGUCCAGAGGCACCCCGUCGCGAAAGCCGCCCGCCUUCGCCCGGCACCGUCGUGAGGCGGCGGCGCUUUCCGGCCGGCGCGCGGCGGGACCGCAAGAUGGCGGCGCCGGCGGAGGAGGCGGCCGCGGCGGCGGCGGGAGCGGGAGAGGGCGAUGGCGGCGGCGGCGAGGGGAGCCCCCAGGAGCGGCAGACGCUGCUGGCCGUGCUGCAGUUCCUGCGGAGGAGCAACCUGCGCGAGUCUGAGGAGAUCCUGAGGAGGGAGGCCCGUCUGCCGCCGCAGCACGACGACGACGACGCCGCCCCGGGAGCAGGAGGAGGAGGAGAAGCAGCAGGAGGGCCGGGGGCGGGGGACGGUACCGAGCCCAGCGCCGCCGCCGCCGCCCUGCUCAGCAGGGUCACCGCCAUCCCCAACGCCUCAGCCCCCGCCGCCUCAGCCCCCGCCCCCGCCCCCUCAGCCCCCGCCGCCUCAGCCCCCGCCAAAGUUGGAAUCGUACCUGUAGAAGACCAGCCAGAUGUCAGCGCAGUGUUGUCUGCCUAUAACCAGCAAGGGGAUCCGACAAUGUACGAGGAGUACUACAGUGGACUGAAACAUUUCAUCGAGUGUGCCCUGGACUGUCACCGGGCCGAACUGUCCCAGUUAUUUUAUCCUUUGUUUGUUCACAUGUAUUUGGAGUUGGUCUACAAUCAGCACGAGAGCGAAGCGAAGUCGUUCUUUGAAAAGUUCCAUGGAGAUCAGGAAUGUUACUACCAGGAUGAUCUGCGAGUGUUGUCUAGCCUGACCAAAAAGGAACACAUGAAAGGGAAUGAGACCAUGUUGGACUUCCGAACAAGUAAAUUUGUUCUGCGCAUUUCUCGUGACUCUUACCAGCUCUUGAAGAGGCACCUUCAAGAAAAACAGAACAACCAAAUAUGGAACAUAGUGCAGGAACACCUCUACAUUGACAUCUUCGAUGGGAUGCCUCGAAGUAAGCAACAGAUCGAUGCUAUGGUGGGAAGUUUGGCAGGGGAAGCCAAACGAGAGGCGAAUAAAGCAAAGGUGUUUUUUGGCCUAUUAAAGGAGCCAGAGUUCGAAGUGCCCCUGGAUGAUGAUGAAGAAGAAGGAGACAAUGAGGAAGGAAAACCAAAAAAGAAGAAACCUAAAAAAGAUAAUGUUGGAUCCAAAAGCAAAAAACAAGACCCUAAUGCACCACCUCAAAACCGAAUUCCUCUUCCCGAACUUAAAGAUUCUGACAGGCUGGAUAAAAUCAUGAACAUGAAGGAAGCCACAAAGCGUGUGCGUCUUGGUCCAGAAUGCUUACCUUCCGUCUGCUUCUAUACAUUCCUCAAUGCUUAUCAGGGUCUUACUGCGGUGGAUGUCACGGACGAUUCCAGUCUAAUUGCAGGGGGCUUUGCUGACUCUACUGUCAGGGUGUGGUCCGUGACUCCCAAAAAGCUACGCAGUGUGAAAACAGCAACAGAUCUCAGUCUCAUAGACAAAGAAUCGGAUGAUGUCUUAGAGAGAAUCAUGGAUGAGAAAACAGCAAGUGAGUUGAAGAUUUUGUAUGGUCACAGUGGGCCGGUCUAUGGAGCCAGCUUCAGUCCUGAUAGGAACUACUUACUGUCAUCUUCAGAGGAUGGUACUGUUAGAUUGUGGAGCCUCCAAACUUUCACUUGUCUAGUGGGAUAUAAAGGGCAUAACUAUCCAGUGUGGGACACCCAGUUCUCUCCCUACGGAUAUUACUUUGUAUCGGGAGGUCAUGACCGAAUAGCUCGGCUAUGGGCUACAGAUCACUACCAGCCUUUACGAAUAUUUGCUGGCCACCUUGCUGAUGUGACCUGCACCAGGUUUCACCCAAAUUCCAACUAUGUUGCUACCGGUUCAGCAGAUAGGACUGUAAGGCUAUGGGAUGUCUUGAAUGGGAACUGCGUAAGGAUCUUUACUGGACACAAGGGACCAAUUCACUCCUUGGCAUUUUCUCCAAAUGGGAGAUUCUUGGCUACCGGAGCUACAGACGGGCGAGUACUUCUUUGGGACAUUGGACAUGGUCUGAUGGUUGGAGAGCUGAAAGGCCACACGAAUACAGUCUGUGCACUCAAAUUCAGUAGAGAAGGAGAAAUUUUAGCCUCAGGUUCAAUGGAUAACACGGUUCGCAUGUGGGACGCCGUAAAAGCAUUCGAAGACUUAGAGACUGAUGACUUUACUACAGCUACGGGACAUAUAAACUUGCCUGAAAAUUCACAGGACUUAUUGUUGGGAACAUACAUGACCAAAUCUACACCCGUUGCCCAUCUCCAUUUCACUCGCAGAAACUUGCUUCUAGCUGCAGGAGCUUAUAGCCCGCAAUAAACCAACCCGCAUCAAGACGUUUUGGAAGCCACCGUUUGGAAAAGGGAGAUUUAAAAGUAAAUACCUCAGUGAUCACCGGAACAUUUAAACCACAAGGCGUGUCUUAUCUUGAUGGAUCUGGAAGUAGGCUGCUUGGAAAAAAUCUAAACGGGACCACGGGAACGGUCUCGUCUCUCUACAGCGACUGCAUGCUUAUUUUCUAUGAAGAAUAGGUGGCAUGGAGGCUGUUGCAGGGAAAGUUUGGUGCUUCACGUUACAUCCGGAAACUAUGCAUUUUCUGCUCGAAUGCCCCGUUUGUUCUUUUGUAAAUGCACUUAAUAUUAAUAUUACUUCUUAGUAAUAUUAAUUCAGUCUUGCUGUCCAAAGUGAACUUUUCCGAUGAGUUGAGUCCGAGGGAGAAGGUUCGGAGCAGGAACGCUCCUGGCGUGGACAGAUGAAGUUUCCUUACUGCUUUGCAUGGAAAAAAAGACGUGUUGACGUACCGACUGAAUACUGUAAUUGUGUCCUUUCUGAUCAUGGUCUUUCCUUGCCUAGAACGAAACGAUCCUCACCCUACUAAUCACCUGUGGGUCUCCAAAAGUGCUGAAACAGUCCAGGUGCUCCCCCACCUGAAUCACACGAACUGGAGGCUAAUCUUAAUUGCACUCCCCAGCUGCGUGUGCUACAUUUCUGCAGGACAGAACCUAAGUUAUCGGAUUCACGGUGCCCCGGGUACUAAACUGGGAUCUGAGCAGUGUAUAACGUACCCAGGGCAGAGUUUAAUGAAAUUCCUCUCAUGCCUUAUCGCGUCGUCUGGAACUAAAAGUGGGUCUAGGGUGGAUUAUUGUAUGAGAUUGUCUAUUAAACGCCUCCAAACCGUUUGAUUCAAAAACACACAACCUCUCGAAGGGAAGCCCGAGUCUAAAAUAGCCCAGGGUACCUUCGACUAAACUUUGGCUCCAGUAGCAGAUACAACCUAAUACACUUGAAGUCAGUUGUAGACAUUUCAGUUGCUUACCUCCGGAACAGAGCCUUGCUUUGGGAAACCAAAAGCAAAUAUUUAGACAGGCACAAGUCACUGCCAGUUCUGUCUUUGUUGCAUUUUGUACAGUUUUUAUAUUUUUUAUAUUUUGUAAAUAAAAACAAACCAUUUUCUCUG